GCAGCAGCAGCAGUAGCAGAGAGAGAAGGGGCAGGAGAGAGAGGGAAGGAAGGUCACCACAGGUCAGCACCUACCUGACAGUUUCAGCUUCUGCUCUCAGCAACUCGUCAGUAUUCACUGCCUGUCACCUUGGAAAAAGAAAAAAAAGAAAGAAAAAGACACUGCUGCUUACAACCCAUCAGAAAGUAAACUAAACUUAAAACGUAGUAGGAAGCCACAGCAGCUGAAGCUGAUCCCCAGGUAGCAUGAAUAGCAUGAACCAGAUAGAAACAAACAUGCAGUACACCUACAACUAUGAAGAAGAUGAGUACAUGACCCAAGAAGAAGAAUGGGACAGGGACCUGCUCCUGGACCCAGCAUGGGAGAAACAACAAAGGAAGACGUUUACAGCGUGGUGCAAUUCCCACCUCAGGAAAGCAGGCACGCAGAUUGAGAACAUUGAGGAGGACUUCAGAAAUGGCCUCAAACUGAUGCUCCUCUUGGAAGUUAUCUCAGGGGAAAGACUACCGAAACCAGACAGAGGGAAGAUGCGCUUCCAUAAAAUUGCUAAUGUCAACAAAGCUCUGGAUUAUAUUGCCAGCAAAGGAGUGAAACUUGUGUCAAUUGGUGCAGAAGAAAUUGUUGAUGGCAAUGUGAAAAUGACACUGGGUAUGAUCUGGACUAUCAUCCUUCGCUUUGCUAUUCAGGAUAUUUCAGUGGAAGAGACCUCUGCCAAAGAAGGGCUGCUGCUGUGGUGUCAAAGAAAAACUGCUCCUUACAGAAACGUGAACAUUCAGAACUUCCAUCUUAGCUGGAAAGAUGGCCUUGGAUUAUGUGCACUUAUCCACAGACACCGACCUGAUCUUAUUGACUACUCCAAGCUAAAUAAGGAUGACCCCAUAGGAAAUAUCAACCUUGCCAUGGAAAUUGCUGAAAAGCAUUUGGAUAUCCCUAAGAUGCUGGAUGCAGAAGAUAUUGUGAACACUCCCAAACCCGAUGAGAGAGCUAUCAUGACAUAUGUGUCCUGCUUCUACCAUGCUUUUGCUGGAGCAGAGCAGGCUGAGACUGCAGCUAACCGAAUCUGUAAGGUGCUUGCUGUGAAUCAGGAAAAUGAGAGGUUGAUGGAGGAGUAUGAGAGACUAGCAAGUGAGCUUUUAGAAUGGAUUCGCCGGACAAUUCCUUGGCUGGAAAACAGGACUCCAGAAAAAACAAUGCAGGCUAUGCAGAAGAAAUUAGAGGAUUUUCGGGACUACCGCCGCAAACACAAACCUCCCAAAGUCCAAGAGAAAUGUCAACUGGAGAUCAAUUUCAACACCCUGCAGACAAAACUGAGAAUCAGCAAUCGGCCAGCUUUCAUGCCAUCAGAGGGAAAAAUGGUUUCAGAUAUUGCCGGCGCUUGGCAGAGACUUGAACAAGCUGAGAAAGGCUAUGAAGAGUGGCUGCUGAAUGAAAUACGAAGGCUAGAAAGACUGGAACACUUGGCUGAGAAAUUUAGGCAGAAGGCUUCCACUCAUGAACAGUGGGCAUAUGGCAAAGAACAGAUCUUACUUCAGAAGGAUUAUGAAUCUGCUUCUCUGACAGAAGUCCGCGCCAUGUUAAGGAAACAUGAAGCUUUUGAGAGCGAUUUGGCUGCUCACCAGGACAGGGUGGAACAGAUCGCUGCCAUUGCCCAGGAGCUGAA